AGAAAAUGGAAGGCACCAACAAAGCGGUUUAGGCCUCCGUCACCAACCUACUACUAACCCCACUCCGCACUGCUGAAAACGGAAGAGCACCAAAUCAAAAGGGAAGUCCGUCGGAUCUUUUACGCAUUUCCAUAUCGGAGUAUCCUCCCCUCCAUCACCCACCGUAAUCAAUGGCUAUGGCUCUUCGAAGAAUUGCCGUCGGCGUUACGAACCCCAUUCUUCCUCUUCUCAAUGCCCGCUUCCUCCAUCGCAUGUCUUCUCUGUCCGGGGCAGCUGCGGAGGAAAGGGAGAAGGCUCGAGCUACUUGGAUUCAGCAGCUGAACGCUCCUCUCGAGGUCAUUGAUCCGGAAAUUGCAGAUAUUAUUGAACUCGAGAAAGCUCGCCAAUGGAAGGGCUUUGAACUUAUACCUUCUGAGAAUUUCACUUCAUCAUCAGUGAUGGAAGCAGUUGGUUCAGUUAUGACCAACAAAUACAGCGAAGGAUAUCCAGGAGCCAGAUACUAUGGAGGAAAUGAGUAUAUUGACAUGGCCGAAUCCUUGUGCCAGAAACGCGCACUAGAAGCUUUCCGUUUGGACCCUGCAAAAUGGGGAGUUAAUGUGCAGUCUCUCUCUGGAUCACCGGCUAACUUUCAGGCAUAUACUGCAUUAUUAAAACCUCAUGAGAGGAUUAUGGCUCUUGAUUUACCACAUGGUGGACACCUUUCGCAUGGUUAUCAGACUGAUACAAAGAAGAUUUCUGCUGUUUCAAUAUUCUUCGAGACAAUGCCAUAUAGGUUGGAUGAGAGCACUGGUUACAUUGACUAUGACCAGUUGGAGAGAAGUGCUUCAUUGUUCCGACCAAAACUCAUUGUUGCUGGUGCAAGUGCCUAUGCCCGUCUCUAUGACUAUGCACGAAUUCGCAAGGUUUGUGACAAACAGAAGGCAGUCAUGUUGGCUGACAUGGCACACAUAAGUGGUUUAGUUGCCGCAGGCGUUAUUCCAUCUCCUUUUGAAUAUGCUGAUAUAGUGACAACAACCACUCAUAAAUCCUUGCGUGGACCACGGGGGGCAAUGAUUUUCUUCCGAAAGGGCGUUAAAGAGAUCAACAAAAAAGGACAGGAAGUGCUCUAUGACUAUGAAGACAAAAUCAACCAGGCUGUCUUUCCUGGUCUUCAAGGUGGCCCACACAACCAUACCAUAGCUGGUCUGGCAGUUGCAUUAAAGCAGGCCACAACUCCGGAAUACAAAGCCUACCAAGAGCAGGUUCUCAGCAAUUGUUCAAAAUUUGCUCAGAGUUUGAUUGAGAAGGGGUAUGAACUUGUAUCUGGUGGAACAGACAACCAUUUGGUCCUUGUGAAUUUGAAAAAUAAGGGUAUUGAUGGUUCAAGAGUCGAGAAGGUUUUGGAAUCAGUUCAUAUUGCGGCAAAUAAGAACACAGUUCCAGGAGACGUGUCUGCCAUGGUUCCUGGUGGCAUUCGUAUGGGGACCCCUGCUCUGACUUCGAGAGGUUUCCUCGAAGCAGAUUUUGUGAAAGUUGCUGAAUUAUUUGAUGAAACUGUGAAGUUAGCCUUGAAGAUUAAGGCUGGUAGCGAAGGUACUAAGUUGAAGGAUUUCGUAGCAACCAUGCAAUCAAAUAAAGAUUUCCAAUCUGAAAUCUCAAAGCUCCGACAUCAGGUUGAGGAGUAUGCCAAGCAAUUUCCAACAAUAGGAUUUGAGAAAGAAACAAUGAGAUACAGAGACUGAAAGAAAGGAUUUUAAAAGUCGCUGGCAGUGUUUACCUGCUGAUUCGGAAAAAGUUGGUGAGUGAGAUCGUCUCUAGCAAACUACCUUUGAAAAUGAUGGCAAGCAACCACAGAAAUUUAAACGUUUCUUCUAAAUAAAUGUCCAUAGUGGGCAGCAGAUUCUUUGGACUUUCAAUUAUAAAUCUCCACAUUAUAGUCUCAUAAUCUUUGCCAAAUUUGAUUUAUAGGUUAUUUAGCUUUGAAUCAUAACGUCUUAUUUUCACGUAAACAUAAUGUUUCCAUUUCAUAAGUAAUAGUGUAAUACCACGUUACAAUGCAUAUGUAUUCUUCGUGUUAAUGUUUUCUUAUAUUAUUAUUUCAUUUUGUUGAUUUGGAUA